ACGUUGUACCGGACAGCGUAUAACAACGUUUAAAUUUUAUUUCAGUCUGAGUCAAGAUGGUCUCCUUUCUGAAUCUCAUUUCUGUGUUAGUGGUUGUACAGAAUGUUCAAGGAUCAGAUUUCUUUUCGUAUAUUAAUUUGGAAAAAUACUUUUUCAUAGAAGAGGAAUUGAUUGGUCUAGCUAAUGCGAUAGUUGAAAUGGAGAGGAAAAGUCAUAGUGAGGAUGAUAUACACCAGAUUUUUCAUCAUUCAAGGAUAAUCCAACACGCUAAGAGUAUACAUAUGGACGUGGUUCAAUACGAAGACUACCUGGCCCAUCCAAUUAACGUAUUUCACCUCACGAAGAGAUUAGCAUGUGACUGGAGACACACCAUUACGUCACUUCUCCAGAGUUCCAUAUGUGUUAAUGAUUUAAAAGUUAAAUUGCUGGAUAUUGAGGACAACCUUCCAACUGAUGACGCUUUCUAUAACAUCACGUACGCUGUGCUGGGCCUCCAGGUUUUCCAAGGUUAUUCAAUAGAGGAUAUGAUGGAGGGGUCUGUGGAUGGGAUCCAGCCCCACGAACCAGUUACGUUAGGGGAUGCAGUGGACUUUGGAAUAUCCGCAUAUACGCAAGGGUGUCAUGACCGCGCGAUAAGCUGGCUUGAAUUCGUCGUUACCAAAAUUGGAAACAGCAAAGACAACAUUGGCAGGCAUUCUAUUGGCAUGCUAUUUAGUAAUCUGGCCACAGUAUACUUACGGAAUAACGACGCUGAUAAAGCAUUAGAAAUCACAGACCGCUUUCUCAAACUAGUGCCGGACAGUUCGAUCGCUAAACAGAAUAAAGCAUACUUUGAAAUGAAGAUUUCUAAAAGAGAAAAGAAAAGGAAACCUCGAAUGACAGUAUCAAAAUUCACUCGAUUGAGAGAAGGACUAUGCUCGGGAGCGAUAUCCUUACAUGAAAAGAAAAGAAGAGGACGGACGGUCAGGUUGGAUACAUGGGAUGAAUCUGCUCUCACCAGAAAAUAUCGUUUUGAUGCAAUCGUGAUGAGACGACGGCCUCUGAUAGUGGUACUCCCCGGGAUGAUCAGCGAUGAUACAACAGCUAACAUCACCACACUCGGUUAUGAUAGGAUGUUUCAGAAAGCGAUCACCGCAAACAAAUACGGUGAUCCAAAAUUUAGAGUAAGAGUGAAUGAUACAUCGGGACCCUUCACUAUAGCGGUACAGGAGGAUCUAUCUCAGAUUAAACUUACACGGUAUCCUCCACAACAAACCAAGUUUGAGGUCCUUAAUGCAGGAUUGGACGGAAUCUACAGCACUGCAAGUAAAAAGAGAUUUACUCAUUCCUUUUCGGGAACGAUGCUAGCUGCGCUGUCCGAUUUCACGUUGGGUGGUGAAGUAGUCUUCCCAUUUUCGAAGACCAUUUUAAAAUUGAAUAAGGGUGACGUUGUGUUUUAUGAGGCAGGGGCAGUGAUGUCUAUUUGUCCUGUGAUGUACGGAACUAAAUGGUAUGGUACAAUGGGUGUCUGGGAAUCUCUGCCAAACGGAGUCUGUGGACUUGAACACCGAGUUAUCAACGUUUGAUUAGUAAAAUGAAUUCCCACCACGCUUAGAGUCUUUACCACAAUAGGAAUUUGUGUAAUGUCUAAAAAUUCUCACUGCAUUUAAUAUUAAACGCUUGUUAUAUAAAUAGAAUACUAUGGAAAGCCCUCAGACAGUUAUCUGUCAUCAAGAUUGCAUUUGUAUUAUAAAUAAAUAAGUCUAACAAGCGUGUAUAUGUUUAUAUUUACAUUAACAUAGGUUAAUCUCUAUCUUUCUUUAAUAAAUGAUAUUUUUCUAUUUCA